AUGCCGAUGUACCCAGCCAUCCUCUGCCUCAUCGCCUCGCUCCUGCCCGCCGCCUCUGGCUACCUCUGGGCCUGGAUGUACUCCUUGCCCCAGCACCCGCCCGACGAAGCCGCGCUGGGCAGAAGCGCCGGCCCAGGAGACAACCUGGAAGAGGUGACGGCGUGCAGCCCGGCCAGCCCCUGCACCCACGGGCACUUCUGCGACGAGCACUUCGGGCUGUGCCUGCCCACGCGCCCCGCGGGGCAAUACUGCCGCCGGGACACCCACUGCGCCCACGGCCUCCUCUGCAUGUUUGGGAAGUGCCAGCAGCCCGUGCCCGACGGGCAGGAGGGAGCCCGGUGCCAGCGGGACGAGGACUGCGGCGCGGGCGGCUGCUGCGCACGGCAGCACGGUGAGCGGGUGUGCCAGCGGCGGCUGGCACUGGCCCAGAGCUGCCAUGUGCCCCCCGGGGGUCUGGCCUUCAGCAUCAACCAGGUCUGCCCCUGCCAGGCCGGGCUGGUCUGCCGGGCCGCUGCACCCAGCCGAGAGUGA